AUGCAGAAGAACAUGUCUCGUACUUACUACGGCAAUAUGCCCGCCACUCUCUCCGGCCAGACAUUGGCUCCAGGCCAGAACCUAUAUGGCAACAUGCACGCCCCAUUUUCCGGACAGCCUCUUGCUCCAAAUCCUAUGGCGAACAUGCAUCUUGAUAAUACCAGUUCCGGACUGGAUAAUCUCGCUGGAGCCUUCGAGAACCUCAACCUCCGCAAUGGAGCCCAGAUGGGACAAGCUAAGCCGAGCAACACGGGAAUGCAAAUGGGCGAGUCAAACAUGACUUCCAUGCUCUACCAGCUCCCAGACGGCACCUACAUGUUUGCUGGCCCCAAUGCUGUUCAAGGCAAUUACCCCCAGUAUCCUGCUCCGUACAACAUGGCCGUGACGCAUCCCACCCAAUAUCAGCAAGCAACUUACCAAGGUAUCCCUUCUACUGGUGCACCAAUCGGGCCACACACGCCUCGAAACUACUCUUGGAUGCCUUCCCAGAAUUUGCCCCAUGUGCCCGACCUUGUAGCGCCUCGCCGUACUUCUUGGUCAUCAACCGAAGAGCUGAGCCCACAGACGCCCGUUGACGGCUAUCAGCCAGCCAUCCUUGUCUCGGGACACUCUCCCAGUGAUUGGAGCACAAACCCUUCACCGCUCUCAGGACAGCUCCCAAACAACCAACAGAUAUGCAGACAGCCGAAUGGCGAGUACGCCAUCGCCGAUUUCUGGGUAUGGACGCAAGCGGAUCCAGCCAUCCCUACCCCUAUCCCUGCAUGGCGAAGCGGGCCUGAUGGUGGGCGCGGUAGCCUCGACAAGAUCCUAGACAAUCGAGAUGGGACAACUAACGUCUACGUUCGUGGUCUCCGCCCUGAUACAACCGACGAAUUGCUUGCGGAUUACGGCCGCCGCUUUGGAGAGAUCGUGAGCCAAAAGGCAAUCAUCGAUAUGUCCAAUAACACUUGCAAAGGGUACAGCACGCACAUUCUAUGGUCAAACCCAUGGAGUAUCAAGAAGAACGCUGACAUCGGAUGCAGAUUCGGGUUCAUCAAAUACAACAGCUACUUCGACGCCGAAAACUGCAUUCGUGCGUUCUUCUACCUCGGGUACGAGGCGAAGUUUGCGAGGCAAUCCCACAAUGCACGGCUCAAGGAACUAGCCGAUCCCAAAAAUAACAACUUAUACGUCUCGAAUCUGCCCAGACUUUGGAAUGACAAGGAUUUCGAGAACUUGUUCAAGAACGUGUAUCCGGACUAUCACAUUCUAGAACAGCGGAUUUUGAAGGAUGGGAAUGGCAUCAGCCGUGGGGUUGGGUUUGCUCGAUUCGAGUCACCGGAUAUCUGCGAACAUGUCAUUCGCACCUUCAACAACAUGACCGUCGGCGAAGGGAAGCAUGCCACCGAAUUGCAGAUUCGCUAUGCCGAUACCGAGAAGCAGAAACAGCUCAAGACUUGUACGGCGGAGAGACGCCAGUUCAAGACGAACGAGUACAAUGAAGCCGUCUACGGACCAGGCUCGCCUUACGGGUUCUACUCUCCCGUCUCGGCUACCUUCCAAAGCCCUGUGCCAGUACGUGCACCUGGGACAAGUGGAGCAUGGAGCAACCAGUCGUCAGCUUCCUCAAUCUCGCCAGCUUAUGUUGGAUAUCCAAACUCAGUACUCAAUGGCCGCCAAGGUACCAACGGGUUGCUUCCCAAUGCCGCGGUCAAGUUCGAAGGCCCAGCUCCAGUGCGUCGCACCACUCACAUCAAGAUCGAAAGUCCCAGUGUUGUAGCCGCAGCCAAGAAAGCAGCUGCCGAGGUCGUCGAGGAUGAAUCGCCUGAUGGCGAAUCAUCCUCGACAUCGGAUGAAGACACCCUAGUCUGCAAAUCUAAAUCCAGCAAGACUUGCAGUGGCACCGGUGGCGACAUCCCCUCGUCGCCAACCAAGUCCAAACUCUGA